ACCCACGUGGAAUGGAGUCCACUAAGAGUGAUAAGGUUACAACUACUACAGUGAAGUCCUGUGAGCAUCAAGCCUUGAAGGAAUGUCUGGAUAGAAACCAAGGCAACAAAGACAAAUGUGAGAAGGAGUGGCUGGAAUUUCAGAACCUUUGCUCCAAUAAUAAAAAGCUUGCUGCUCAGGGUAAACUGUCUCUGCCGAAGUAGAAACGAUGCUACGAUUGGGGUCAUUGAGAGGAUUGUAUCGACGACGGUCGUUGUUAGUGCCACGCCCCCUUUUGUCCAACUCCCAACUCUCUGUACGAGUGAUUACAAAUCAACCAUUAAUACAAGAACCUCCAAAGAAUGUUUUGCAACGAGCUCAAAAAUUCAUCCGAGACAAUCCGUACACUAAAUUCUCUCUGAGUAUUGUUGCCAUACUAUUCGGUGUGAGUGGAGGCAUAGAAUUGUACAGGCGAAUGAAAGCCAAGAGAAGUCCUGCUGUCGGUAUCUACCCUCCGAAAGUGGGUCACCUUACAAUACAAAGAACUGAACUAUUGGAUAAUAUCGAUUCCCUAGUGAACAAAGUCAAGAAGCAAGAAGCAGGCCCGCCCGUUCUCUACCUUACUGGCGAUGCAGGUGUUGGAAAGAGUGAAGUGGCUCAUCAGUAUGCAGUGCAUUUUGCUAACAAUUGUACCAAAUGGUUUGGACUUCGUGCACAAACUCCCGUCAUUCUGUACAUUAAUGGUACUUGUCUGGAAACUUUGGAAUCAACACUGAGAGAGGCCGCAUUUGGAAUGGGCGUUCAAGACAAAGACUUGACACUGAGUUCCAUAGAUUCUCCUGUGAUGGAAAGACUUGCUAUUCUGUCAGUAGCUGUUCGAAGCAAGCUAAAGGAAAAGAAAUUGCCGUGGCUGAUAAUCGUGGAUAGUUUGCAAAGUGAAACAGUUCCCGGGUAUAAAGCAGUUUUUCUUGAUGAACUGAAAGAAACGAGAAAUUCGGUGGAAACAGAGCAUGUCUCGUGGAAGGAUCUUGAUGGUGUCGUGCUAACGAUUGCUAAGAAGCUGGACGAAAGCUUACCUCAGAACAGUGUUCUCCAUAUCCCCAAACAAAUGACAUCAGUUGAGGGCCUUGAUCUACUCUCCCAACUAACUGGACUCGAUUCAAAAGAGGAGGAGAUUGUUCAACUACUCGACAGCCUUCAUUACCAUCCUCUGGCCAUUUCUCUGUGUGCUGCCACUGUUAAAAUCUAUCAGUCAUUUGUGGACAGUCAACCUGAUCCUUCCAGUUCCAACGUGAUCACCACCUACCAUGAGCUGCUUAAGGAACAAUUUUCAGGGGAUGUUUUGAACACUGCAAUGUCAUUGUAUUUUGAAGCUGCCGUCACUGACGAACGAUUUCGACAUGCCUUUGAUCUUCUCGGAUCAUGUGACCUGACACGUCCUCUUCCUGUGUGUGUCAUCUCUCGCCACUUAUCGUCUCCUUUCUACCAGAUACCCCCAGAGAGCCUGGCCCCGCCCCCUGUAGAUGCAGCCAUUCAAAUGCAGAAACUGACCGGAAUCAAUCCGAAUGAUGCCUCGUUUUUCACUCAACUCAAAGCCAUGCUCCCGUUUGGAAACAGCGGCCCUUCAACGAGUGACAUAGCAGCUGUGCUAGCUACCAGCGAGGACCCUGUGAGCUACCUACGAGAGUGUCCGCUGCUCAGUUUCAAGUCUUAUCGGAGGGUUGGGUUCGAGUACGUACAAGUCCACCAAUCAUCUCACGAUAGUCUUUCCUCUCUGUUCACGAAGUACACAGUCCCCAAACUGAAUCUCGAUGGCCUGGCAAAUGAAGAGGCACGAUUCAAUAGAUCUACGUGGUUUCGUAGCUAUCGCACCUUCAACCCUCAGCAAGCACUGGUCGACUUUCACCGCUCACUACCCGGGAUAUCUGAGCCUGGCGUUUUGACCAGAGACGAUUUCGACAAACUCUCAUCUAUUUCAACUACCACUACCGGUACAAAAUCAUCUGAGAAAACUACUUCAGACUAUCUGGAAUACCAACACUUAGUGUCUCAUUAUCACAGAGUUGUGGGGACACUUUCGGAUGAGGUCAAAGCGGCAGACAACGAUGCUGGUGACACGUUGGCACGGCGAUACCUCUACCCCCAAAUCAAGUACGUCAGUGAUUACCCUCACCUGUCUGAUACUGGCCGUAUGCUGUGUCUGUACGAUCAAACUGCUAUCAAAGCUUCUCUGUCUGUGUCAAGUUUUCAAGAAUCGAUGGCAAAGCUGAAACAAGUUCUCAGCCAUCAAAAGUCAAUGUUUGGAGAAAAAAGUCAAGCUGUUGCCCUGACACUAGUGGAUAUGGGAAACUUGAACUAUUCUGUCAAUAAUCUCUCAGAAGCAAAGAACUUUUUGGAGUCAUCGUUACGAGUUUAUGGAAGCAUCACGACAAAACAAGCUACUAAAAAUUUCCCACUUGAGAUUGGAGCUGCGUACAGCUCGCUUGCUUUAGUCUGUAGUGCUCUGAACGAGAAACAACGUUGUAAAGAACUAUUAGAACAAGCUCUCGCAGCCUACCAGACAAUGCCACCGGAAGGGGUGGUCUCAAAACGACAAAGAAAGCUCGUCUGCAGUUGUCUAACUGAUGUUGCCCAUGCCUACCUGUCACUAGGAGACGUAAUGAUGGCCAAGAAAUAUAUAGACUUGUCGAUUUUGGCCCACAAGAACUUGUACCUCGAGGGUCACCCCGAGAGUGUGAGGGCGUUGAACGUUAGUAGUAUUGUGUACUCGUUGCUAGGUGACAAGCCGGAGAGUGCUCGGCUGAGAGGGGAGGCGGGUAAGCAGCAGGCACACUUGAAUGCUCACCCGCUAGUGGCUUGAAUAAUGUGUGUAUUCUGUGUAGCUGUGUGAAUGUAUGCAUGUCAUUCAUUAGUAGUUAUUUGUGUUAGUUGACGUCAAUAGAAGAAUGUUGUAUACUGUAUUUUUGUUAUUCAAAAAGUUA